AAUUAGAAGAAUUUGAGCCUGAACUAAAAGUAUCAACUAGCAAUACAAGAACAGUUAUUUCUAAUUGUAGUGUAAUCAUCAAAAGUAGAAAAGUGAAACUUGCAGCAGAUAUAGAAAUAUAUAAGAAAUUAGUAAAAAUUAUAAGUGAUAAUAUUGAAAAUGACAAGUUUUAUGAA